AUGUCCAACAACCAGUUCAGAAACUCGCCGCCCCCGCAGCGUUUCCUGUCUUCGUCUCCGGGCUCCUUCCGCGGUCGUUCCUUUGAUCGCGCUUCGUCAACCGCUCGUCUGGCCUCUCCAGUGCCUCUCAAACCUCCACCUGCCGCCGACGAGUCCAGUCCCGGCCAAGUUACUCCUCUCGCCGGUCCCGGGUCCUACCACGCCGGCCCAGGCAUCUCGGCUCUUGCUGCCGCCCUGAACAACUCGAUAGGCACGUCUCCCCCCGCUUUGGCACCCCCCCUAUUCGCCCUGCGUCCCCAGCAUCGCCUGCCCCGGCUUCCGUCCAAAAUGUUACAAUAUCUGCCACUCCCAACUACGGCUCCUUUGAUAGUAGGAGACAAUGGGCCUACGAGGAUCCCGAGGUUGUCAAGAGGCAUCUCGUGCAACCAGAGGACCUUGGGCUCAGCGACGGGGAUAGGGGCUCCGGAAGCAAGGGCAAGGACACUGCCGCUUCGGGGGUUCGACGACGACGAGUUUUCCAGCCUGAAACUUCAGGGCGGCGACAUCACACGGCCGAUAUACAAGUGGACAGAAGAGGCGAACCAGCGCAGCAGGCUGCAGCGGAGCCGGAGCUUUAUCGUCCCUCGCCCAGAGCCUGAGAACGAGGAGCUUGAUAUUAACUAUAUCAAGGUGCCUGGUGGUUUCAGGCGCAACUUCAUCCGGCGGGCGGCCCGGGAGGCCGACCACGAGCCUGAGCUUGGCCGUGGCGGUGCGUCGUCGGCUCAACCUCGGCUGUUUACAAGUAGCUUCUUGGAAUUCCUAACGUUGUAUGGCCACUUCGCCGGUGAAGAGCUUGAGGAAGACGACGAGGUUCUCAAGCCUGGAGAAUAUUUCGUGUCGGGAAGUGAGGGCGAUGCCCAAGAAGACGCGUCCGACGAAGAGCCGAUGGAGGACAGUGCGUUAUUGACACCGGGUCCCAAGAAGGGACGUCGCCGGAAGGAGCGCGGAGGAAGCGGUCAGAAUAGCCCCUUUGGAGCCGCCCUGCUGUUGCUCAAGUCUUUCGUCGGCACCGGUGUCCUGUUUUUGCCGCGUGCCUACCUCAAUGGCGGCAUGCUUUUCAGUAACUUGGUGCUGCUCUUCGUGGCUGCACUAAGUUACUACUGCUUUGUGCUCUUGGUCUCGACGCGUCUCCGCAUCGAGGGCUCCUUCGGUGAUAUCGGUGGCAUCCUCUACGGAAAAUGGAUGCGCACCCUGAUCCUGUCUUCCAUCGUCAUUAGUCAGAUCGGCUUCGUGGCGGCCUACAUCGUCUUCACAUCCGAAAACCUUCAGGCCGUCAUUCGGGCCGUGUCGGACUGCCAGACGCUGGUGCCCAUCAAGUGGCUCAUCAUCAUCCAGAUGCUCAUCUUCCUGCCCUUCUCGCUCCUCCGUGACAUCGGCAAGCUGGGCUUCACCGCUUUGAUUGCUGACGCGUUCAUCGUCAUCGGCUUGGCCUACCUCUUCUACUACGACGUCCUCACGCUCCACUCCCAAGGCCUGGCCGACAUCAUCAUGUUCAACCAGCGCGACUGGACGCUCUUCAUCGGCACCGCGAUCUUCACUUUUGAGGGCAUCGGCCUCAUUAUCCCUAUCCAGGAAUCGAUGCGGCAGCCUGAAAAAUUCCCGCGCGUCAUGUUUGUCGUCAUGAUCAUCAUCACGACCCUCUUCACAGUCAUGGGUGCCGUGUCAUACGCUGCUUACGGUUCUAAGACCGAGACCGUCGUCCUGCUAAACCUUCCACAGGAUGACAAGAUGGUCAACGGUGUCCAGUUCCUCUACUCGAUUGCCAUCUUGCUGUCGACACCACUGCAGAUCUUCCCGGCUAUCCGCAUCACCGAGAACGCGCUGUUCACAAAGAGCGGGAAGUACAACCCAUAUAUCAAAUGGCAGAAGAACAUCUUCCGCUUUUUCGUUGUCGUUAUUUGUGCGCUCAUUGCGUGGGGCGGCGCCGACGACCUGGACAAGUUCGUCGCUCUGGUCGGCAACUUUGCUUGUAUUCCACUGGUGUACAUUUAUCCGCCCAUGCUGCAUUAUAGGGCGGUGGCCAGGACCCGGUUCCGCAAGCUGUCCGACAUCCUGCUCUGCAUCUUUGGUUUUGCGGCAAUGGCCUACACCACCAGCUUGACGAUCAUGAGCUGGGCCAAUAACAAUGGCGGGAAGUCACCGAGCUACUGCGACCUGAAGGGGUCUCAUACCGAGUUGUAA